GUACCUAUAUGGCAUUUUUCCAUAGAUUUAAAAGUCGGUACAAGAUGCAUUUUUCGUCUCACACUGUACGCGCCAUAGAUUUACGAUUCGAUACAAGUACGCGCUAGUAGCGACACCUUGGAAUCUUCCCUUCACGACGUAAAAGUUGUAAUAUCAUUAAUCUGUAGAUACGUCUUCUCAGCUUUUAUGAGAUAUGUCAUAAUCCUUUUGGAAUAACUUAUUUACAAAAUUAAACUAUGUAAAGCGUAUAAAAAUAACGAUCCAAUAUGACUUGUUAAAAGUUGUUAACGGCAAAAUGGACCGCAAUCAACGCAGAUACGGUCGUUUCAAUCGUAAAAUAGACGACAAAAAUGAUAUUACACCCAAACACGAUAUUGAAGAAGUCUUGUCUCCGAAAAGGAGAUAUCGCUCCGGAUUCGAUAAAUCUGUGGCCAAUAGGUCUUGUUAUGUUAAACCGAGUUUCAAAGACGAGGAACAGUCGGUGGACAAUCAUAGCUUAGAUAUCCACUUCAAAGAUCUAAUCAAGCAGCAGUAUGACUUCGACCCCCUGUUCCCUGAUUCUGUGAAGACUAUAAAAGCGCUGAGGAAGGUUCUGUGCAGUUCACAGAGCACCAACACGGGGCCGCGCUCAUUUGUGGAGACGUCCGACGGCUCCCGGUGGCAGAACGUCGACAACAUCGAUGAACUAGAGAAGCUUUUUAUUGCAACUGAGUCCAUCCCCAAAGCAGUAGACAGCAAAAACAUUUACAUAUCAGAAGUUCCUCGCAUAAAGGUGAUUGCUGAGAAAUACUCGAAAUUUUCGCGAAACAACGUCGAGUUAAGAAAGUUGGAAGAGAAAAUUGUCUGCAUAGAAUACGACAUAUUUGAAAACGUUCAGCUCACCGACAAGAUACCUGACAACAGAGACUCUAUGAAGCUAGUGCAGAAGAUGCGGGCUUAUUUCUCUGUGAAACCCAUAAGUAAAGCUGUAAAUGAAGUGAAUACGGUUACAAUUUUGCCGUCAACAAUAAAACGCAAGUAUCAUAUCAACGAAGACGAUUUGGACAAACUGAACGAGAAGGAAAUCGAAAUAAUAGACGAGAAAAUAGCGGAACACAAACCAUACUUGGAUGAGCUCAAGAGAGUUUUGAAAAAGAAGCAGGCCAUUUAUGCAAAGAAGAAAAAAAGUUCUUUGGACUUGAAGUCUCUGUAUGAAAUGGCGAAAAGGGAAAGUCCCGGUUUGGAUGAAGAUUAUUCCAACACGAAUCUUCUUUCAACAGCAGAGUUGGAUGAAAUAAAAGCUUUGAUCACGAAGAACUGCGCGUCAAGUAUACAUGGAAUUCACAGACACACAGUGAAAACUGGUGAAUUGGAGUCAAAGGGAAGCGAAAGACCUAUGAAUAUUAUUUCAAAGAGUAUUUUUGCGGAGCUCAUGAGAAAUGAUGCGCGAGCUUAAUGUACGAUAAACGUUUGUAUGAAGAUACUUUUCGAUUGUACACAUCUAACGAGGUACAGCACAGAACAAAAUGGAAGUUUUGUAAACGAUCACACAUUUUAAAAAGUUCUUAUCUACCCUCAUCAUAAAUCUCAAUUAUGAAAUAAAAAAAUAUAAUGGUACACAUGUAUAUUAUUCUUAUAAAUACAGUAAUUUAAAAAAAUAUAUUGUUUACAAGAACUAUUUUAUAAUAGUAGGUGGAAUAUGUAGCAGUUAUUUAAUAGGGGUUAGUAAAAUAUGAUUGAAUUUUAUAAAACAAACGAAGUAGCCGAAAGCCGAAGUGAACGAAAAUCUCCUGGCCAAGCUAUUGUUAACCGUCAUUAAAUAUCAUUAAUGAUUAUAACUGUUUCAUAAUCUACCUACUAUUAAAAAUAGUUUAUACAAAACACUUUUCAUCCAUUAAACAGAUGGGUGAAGAUCGUUUCUAAUUCGGAUCUUCCACUAUAAGCUCCAAACCCAAUCAUAUUAGAGGCCUGGCUUAAAUGCCGAUGUUAAUUAUUAAAUGUUUUGUCCUGUAUGUUGCUCGCGAUAUACACCUGCCCUAACCAUGUCAAUACAAU